CCUGCGUUUGUUAUCGCGGCGGGGCGGAAGUGACGGGGCUUGUUUGCGCGGCGGCUGGUACAAAGAUGGAGGAGGAGCAGAAGGAGAACGUCCCGCGGGCUGCGGAGGGCGGCCCAGGCCUCGGCGCUGCUCAGUUGAAGCAGCGUUGCAGACUUGAUGGACAAGAACAUCCAAUGAAAGCUACCCCUGCUGCCUUUAUAAGAGACUUCAGUGACCCAGUCUACAAAGAAAUUGCUGUCACAAAUGGUCACAUCAACAGAAUGACUCGCGAGGAGCUCCGCACGAAGCUUGCAGAGCUCCAUUUAGAAACCAGGGGAGUGAAGGAUGUGUUGAGAAAGCGAUUAAAAAACUACUACAAGAAGCAGAAACUGACUCAGACCUUGCUAAUCAAGCCAGAAUGUUCAGAUAUGUACUACGAUUACAUCUGCGUUAUUGAUUUUGAAGCAACGUGUGAGGAGAACAAUCCACCAGAAUACUUGCACGAAAUUAUUGAGUUUCCUAUUGCUCUUGUGAAUACUCGAACACUAGAAAUUGAGGAUACAUUCCAGGAGUACGUUAAACCGGAACAGAAGCCCACCCUUACAGAAUUCUGUACCAAACUCACAGGCAUCACGCAGGAUAUGGUGGACAAAGCUGGGAGUUUCCCAGAUGUUCUUCAACGAGUAGUUGAUUGGAUGAGAGAGAGAGAGCUAGGAACCAAGUGCAGAUAUGCAGUAUUAACUGACGGGUCCUGGGAUAUGAGCAAGUUCCUAAAUGUUCAGUGUCACCUUAGCAGUAUUGAAUAUCCACGGUUUGCAAAGAAAUGGAUUAACAUCCGAAAAAGUUAUGGCAACUUUUACAAGGUUCCUAGGGCUCAGACCAAACUUGCCUCCAUGCUGGAAAACCUCGGAAUGAUCUAUGAAGGACGGCCUCACUCUGGAUUGGACGAUUCCCGAAAUAUUGCUCGGAUUGCUAUCCGGAUGCUCCAGGAUGGAUGUGAAUUACGAGUAAAUGAGUGCCUGCAUGCAGGACAACUGGUGAAUGUGCCCAAUACCUCUCCAUUGGAGAGUGCUCCUCCUCCUUAUUCACCAUGGCAGAAAAUAUAGGUACUCAAAUGGAGAAUACAGUGCGCCCAGUUGGUUUGAAGGAGCGCAACAUUCAGACUUUGUUGGCAGCUGCAAAGGAUUCAUUUUUAAGAAAUUGUCAUGUUCAGGAGCACCACCAAGAUUUUGUGCUUUUCUUUUUUAAUUCUGAGUCACAAGGUUGUCUGUUAUCUUCCAGCUUGUACUAAAAUGCUUAGUAUACAGUGUGAAAUGCUGCAAGUCAGGGAAGUGAGAAUUGGUCAAAUUUCACUUAAUUGAACUAUACAAACCCACCAACAAAAGCAUUUUUAUAUUGGUUCAGCUUUGCCUUUUUGUAUCUUGUAUUGUGCAACUGGCACCUAUAAUCAAAUGCUUAUGUGAUCUCUUAAAGAAAACAUUAUGUUCCUUAUUGAGCAGUUUGUCUCAAGUAUCCAUGUGCCACACCAAGUCUCCAUAAUCUAAAAGAAGCCAGGUAUCAACAAUGUGUAGUUUCACCUUUUAUUAUGAACCACCGUAUUAUUCACCUUGCUUUGGGCAGUUGAACCCAGUUUAGUUCAAGCCUGUUUUUAUUUUCUCUCUGCUGUACCAACUCAUAAUCUAUGCCAUAGCUCAAUAUAGCUUGGCCAACUUAAUGGGAUAGAACCUUGCAUAUUGCACGAUCAUUUUGCUUACUGCCUAUCAUAAAGGAACUUCGCUCUCCCACACCUGUGAUGUAUUUUGUUUUCCACAAAAGAGAAUGCUCCUGGUAUUAAUUUAAGUUCUAUGAUUUAAUUUUCAAAUGUUUGUUUAAACAAUUGCACGUGACUGAAAUAUUAAUACUGCAAAUGUUGGAGAGAUUUAGAUGAACAAUUUUGAUAUUAGAUGUUUUUAUUACUUGUACACUAUUUAUUUCCCUUCACAACCACAUUUUAAUAUUUUGCCCAGCUGCUAUAGAUCUCAACUAACUUUUUUAAAGUGAGUGAAUUUCCCAUUACCCAGUUGCUUAUAUGCACAAGAGCAGAGUAGUUUGAUGUGCCUUUUGAACUUGCUACAUUGAGAACGAUGGUGCAAGAGAAUCUGUACCAUGGUACAGGUGCACAACAUUUCACUUGUACCUGAAUUACUAUGAAGGCUAAUUCAGCUAUUUAUCAUUUUCAAAGACCACUUUCUGCAAUCCAUGUACCUUCCAAGCACCACUCCCUAUGGGAAGUGCAGAAUUUACACUUUAAAAUCUACUAAUUUCUCUGUGAAAGUUUGAAAAGAUCAAAACUUGUUACACCUGUUCAGUGCCUUUGUUGGUUUUGUUCAUUAAAGGCUAAUUUUUACAACAACAUUUUUUUACUCACUUUGACAACUGGUUUAUGGAAAUGCUUUGCAUGUUCAGUAGUUAUAGAGGAGCAUUGUGUUGAUGUUCAGAUAAAAUAAUAUUCUCAUUUGCCACCAUCUGCUCCAUUGUGAUUCAUUGAACUGCAUUGUGCUUUUUUUUAAAAGAAAAGUUUAAGGAUAAUCCAGCCAGGUACAUUUGUAUAGUAUCUUUAUACCUCCUAUGGUUCUGUGGUCUUUAUCCUGGAGUAAUAGUUUGAUAUUCUACGAAAUAUUGUUAUACCAAACAAACGUCUGUUGUUGGACGACCUGUUUUUGUCAAUUUGCUGCUGUCAGUGACAACGCCUUCAAACAGAAUCAGUUUCACUGACUAUGCCCCUUCCUCUCAAUUUUGCCACUGUCUUCAAACAAUCACACUGCAUGUUGGAUAUGGUUCUGGAUGAGCAGAAAUUUUCUCCUAAUUUUGAGGAGACUAAAGCCAUUAUCUGCAAUCUCUGCCACAAACUCUGCUCCCUAGCCACCAGCUCUGACUGUCCCUUUGAAUGUUUAAAUCAAACCCAACUGUUCACUUUUGGUACUAUAUUUUAUUCCAAGAUGAUCUGUCAGCUACAUCUGUGUAUCACUAAGACUCCAAUUUUGCCCAACUGCAUCUUUGCGUUAGCUCAUCUGCAAGUGGAAACUCUAAUCUGUUGUCUUUGUUAUAUCUAGAUUUGAAUAUUUCAAUGCACUUUUGGAAUUGGCUCCAAAUAACAUAUUUUUGAUCUGAUCAUUACUACUUCCUCAGUUCUAGUUUGCAUCGAUUCCAAUUUCCUGUUGAUCUUGUGUUUGCUGAUCUAUAUCAACUUCUCGCUAAGAAUCACCACAGUAUAAAAAUCCUCAUUCUAUUUAAACAAUCUUCCAAUAGCCUUGGUCUUCCGUAUCCCUAUUAGUCUCUCAACCUUUUGAGAUACCAGCAUGUCUCUAAUUCUGACCUCUUCAGCCUAUCCACAUUUAAUUUCUUUAUCACUGGCAGCCGUGUUUUCAAUUACCCGACUCGUAAGGUCUGGAGCUCAUUAAACCUCUCCUUCCUCUAAGGUGCUCUUUAUGAUGCUUCUGCCUUGAUCUUUCCAUGUGGAUGGAUGUCAAAUUUUGUUUGAUAUGGUUCCUGUUAAGCACCUUAAGACCUUUUUUAAUAAAUUAAAGGUGCUGUACUAA